AUGCAGGCACUUUUGAACUCCAGCAGCAUGAGGUCAAAGAAGAUAUUUGGUUUAUCCAUUUCCCUUGUACUCAUCAACCUAGCUUCUAUAUUGGAACGAGCUGAUGAGAAUCUCCUCCCAGCUGUUUACAAGGAAGUCAGUGCUGCUUUCGAUGCUGGUCCUACUGAUCUGGGGUACCUUACAUUUCUGAUGAACUUUCUGAAGUCCAUAGCAUCUCCCUUGGCAGGUGUCCUUGCUCUCUACUAUGACCGCCCUGCAGUUCUUGCGAUAGGGACUGCGUUCUGGGCUUUGUCAACAGGGGCUGUUGGUGUCAGCCAGUAUUUUGGGCAGGUUGCAUUCUGGAGAGCUGUUAAUGGUGUUGGGCUUGCCAUUGUAAUACCAGCACUUCAAUCCUUCAUUGCUGAUAGUUACAAAGAUGGCACACGCGGAGCGGGAUUUGGUUUGCUAGCACUUAUUGGUUCAGUAGGUGGUAUAGGAGGUAGUGUUUUGGCAACAAUCGUGGCUGGAGGGGAUUAUUAUGGUUUUCCAGGAUGGCGGCUUGCAUUUAUAUCUGUUGCAUUUGUGAGCUUCUUAAUUGGACUUCUUGUAUACCUUUACUCUGUUGAUCCUAGGAAAAUAUCUCCAAGCCAUUUUGGCGGUGAUGAGGACAAUGAGAGGUUACAUUUGGUCAGCAAUGGUAUCCUUCCUCCACAUUCCAUCUGGAAGGAUUCAUGGAUAGCGGCGAGAUCCGUAAUGAAAGUGCGGACGUUUCAAAUCAUUGUGUUGCAAGGCAUUGUUGGCUCUUUACCAUGGGCUGCUGUGGUUUUCUUCACCAUGUGGUUUGAACUCAUUGGUUUUGACAACAGCAGCUCAGCGGCGCUGAAUAGCUUUUUCGCUAUUGGGUGCGCCAUUGGAUCAUUUCUAGGUGGUGUGAUAGCAGAUCGCUUGUCUAGAUACUAUCCAGAUUCUGCUCGCAUCAUGUGCGCUCAGUUUAGCGCCUUCAUGGGCAUCCCUUUCUCAUGGAUCCUCCUUACAGUCAUUCCCCAGUCUGUUGAUUACUGGUCUGCCUAUGCUGUCACACUCUUUUUAAUGGGCAUUACCAUAAGCUGGUGCGCUACUUGUGCAAACAACCCCAUGUUCGCAGAGGUAGUCCCUCCCAAGCACCGCACAAUGAUCUACGCCUUUGACCGCGCAUUUGAGGGUUCGUUUGGCUCACUUGCUGCACCUGCUGUUGGCAUAGUGACCGAAAAGAUCUAUGGCUACAAUGCGAAGGCUGUUGAUCUAGCGCAUGGAUCAGUGGACGGAGCUUAUGCACUCUCGAGAGGUCUAUUGACUAUGAUGAUUGUCCCUUUUGCUCUGUGCCUCAUGUUCUACACCCCACUGUAUACAGUGUUCAAGCGUGACCGAGAAAAUGUUAGAUUGGCCAGCAUCAAGGAACAGGAGCUUAUAUGA